UGUUUUAUUUACUUAAGAAAACUGUCUUGUCUGCCACGUAAGGCAGUGCUAUAAAUUAGAGCUUGAAGAAAAAAAAAUGUAGAAAUAGAGAAAUAUCGUGUGACAGAUAAUUAUAAAAAUGCCAGGAUUGGCUAAAGUAUCAAAUUUCAAAUUCAUCAGUUUUUUUUCUAAGUUGCAUUAACAAUGUGUUGUGCUUAGAUCAUUUUGAAAAAGCAAAUGCAGAAUCAGAAAAUGGACUGGUUUAGGAAUAAAAGUUAUGUAUUCAACUUUUGGAUAUUUGAAGUGUAAAUGCGCUUUUCCGACAGCUAAAGUUAUUACGUCAGACAGAUAAUUACGUGCCCAAACUACAGCUGACUAAGCCUGUUUCUUUGUUUCAGUUUCAGCUAAUUAUUUUACUUUGGUUGGCAGAUGAGCAAACUGGAAUCCACGUCCACCGAAAUUAAAAAUGCCCAGCUUUAAAAUCUGUGAACUGAACUUUCAUAGGACUUCUGUACUUAACACUUAAAUACAGCAGAACUUUCCUUCAGGGCCAACUUAUAUUUUAAAAAACCUAACAUGGUACCAGCCAUUACUUAAAUACAGUUCAGUGUUUGACAAUAAUUUCAUCAACCAAUACCUGAAUAUAUCUCACAUCAGCCAAUACCUGCAUAUACCUCAAAUCAGCUAACACCUGCAUAUACCUCACAUCAACUAACACCUGCAGUACUUUCUGUGUGAGAUCAAAGAGGAAAGGUAUCUACCAUGGAGUGGAAUAUGAUGGAGCCCAUAGGCUCCAGCUAUGUCCUAGGGGACAUGGUUGAUGGUGUCUUUCUACCCAGUGAUGACUGCGAAGAGGUUCUGGAGGAGAUGAUUGAUGCCCUGUUGAAUGAAGACAAGAGAACCCUUGAUGUCAGAAGACGCAUGUCCCUGGAAAAUGAUCUAGUGCCCUUGCUGAAGGUGUGCAAUGAUGAGGAAAUAUUUGGUAAAGCUGUCAGGCUGAUGGCAAAUUUGACGCAGCCAUUUGACAUGUGCAUCCAGCCGUCCUAUGUGAUUAAUGAGCUGUACAGGAAUGAGGUCAACAACCUAAUCAGCAGCACCAAGCACCAGUGUACUGACCUGGACUUUCUCAAGUCUUUGAGCACCAACAUGAAGGAAAUAUUACACAAAGAUGUUCUAGAACCUGCUGACUGCCAAUGCCUGAACCACUGUGUACUUCUCUUAAGAAAUUUAUUCCACGUCAAGCCUGGUACAGCGCCAUCAGACCAAGCCUCCAUAGCCCACCAGUGUCUUGUCAGUUCAUUUUUCAUCAAUGAACUUGAUAAAGUCAUCUACACCAUGUUGAACCACAAAUUCAAGGAAACUUGGACCAUUGGAAUGGCUCAACUCAUUUCAUUCUUAUUCAAAGGACUAU